GGGGGUGGCGGCCCGGGGCGGCCUCCUCCCGGCCUCUUAAAGCACAGCCGCCUUGUCGUGCCCCGGAGCGCGGCGCGCAGGCCUGGCUGCCCGGCCCCGUCGCCCGUCCCGGCACCUCCACUCUACCGGGAAAGUAGGGCCCCCAGGGGGCCAAAACACGCUCCCGAUAGUCGAACCCUUCAGUCGUGCCCCUCGGCAGUGGGGAGCUCAGAGGUUGCAGCCGUGGUUAUUUUGAACUUCCGUUGUGUUGCACCGGGAGAGUUUUUGGAGUACUCAAAAGUUGGGGAGGUCCUUAGCCAGCCAACUGCGGUGGAGGUGGAGGUGGAGGUGGAGGUGAGGACACCGUGGGAAGGAGGUCGCUGGAGGUUACUGCGGCCUAAAGAAGACAUGUGUGACUAUGGACCAGGAACGCCCACGCUCUGACCUCAGCAUAAACAGCAGAAGUGAUCUCCGCAAGGUUUUGCAUCUUGAAUUUCUCUACAAGGAGAACAAGGCAAAGGAAAAUCCUCUAAAAACAAACCUUGAACUCAUUACCAGAUAUUUUCUGGAUUACUUUGGAAAUACUACUAACAAUUUCACUCAAGAAACACCAAUCCCUGCACUCUCAAUUCCAAAGAAAAAUAACAAAUUACCAUCAAGAUGCUCAGAGACCACACUGGUAAAUAUAUAUGACCUUGCAGAUGAAGAUGCAGGAUGGAGAACAUCAUUGUCUGAAACAAGCAAAGCCAGGCACAGCAAUCUUGAUGGGGAUUUACUUGGUAACUUCGUAUCAUCCAAAAGGCCCCCCUCCAAAAGUCAGCCCACCCGAGCUAUCCCAGGUGAAAGCCCUGCUGCGGCCCCAGCGUGGGAGAAGAUGGACAAGCUUCAGUCGUCGGAGAUAUCCUUGGACACGAAGGGGGUGGGCGAGAAGGUGAGGCCAAAGUCUGGCCUGAUUGUCCGAGGCAUGAUGGCCGGGCCUGUGGCCAGUUCCCCACAGGAUUCCCUCCGCAAACGCUCUCUGAGGCGGUCCCCGGCCUUGAGCAGCACCACCCAGGCCCCCGAGGAAGAGAGCCGGAAAGUGCCCGGGCUCUCCACCCGUGCCCCAGCCUGUCCCAAGGCCCAGGAGGGCCUGGCUUCCGGCACUGGCUCCCCUUCCAGGAGCCCCCUGGGCCUGCUCAGUGAGCUGACCUCAGAAAAGCGGAGAACCACGCCUGGCAGCCCCCCUCACUUGUCCGGCAAAGGGCUGCUGCAGAGGGUGAGCGGCAGGUGGCGAGAUCUCACAGAGGAGAGCCCGGCUGCGGACAGUGGCCCCGAGGCCAACGGGACACCCUUGAAGUUCUCCUUUCCAGGUGGGAGUGCCAGGCCGGCCCAGGAGAGGUUGGAAAGGACGUUCACAAGGCAGGGGAGCCAGCCCCUGCCCCUCAGGAAAAAUCAGUUGCCGGUGCCCAACAAGGCUGAUGGUGAGCUGGGUGUCCUGCAGCUUGAGGAUGUGGAGGAUGAAUUGAUAAAGGAUGAAGUCAUCCUGUCUCCAGGUCCAUCGAUGCUCAAGCUGCAAAUAGUGUCAAAGCCAGUCGACCUCUCAGUGGCCAAGGACAUAAAGGCCCUUCUGUUCGGCUCCAGCUUUUGCUGUUUCAAUGAGGAAUGGAAACUUCAGAGUUUUUCCUUUAAUGACAAAGCCUCGUUAAAAUAUGGCAUUGUGCAGAACAAGGGGGGUCCCUGUGGGGUUCUGGCAGCUGUCCAAGGCUGUGUUCUACAAAAACUCCUGUUUGAAGGAGAUAGCAAAGCUGACUGCGUUCGGCAGCUGCAGCCUUCCAAUGCCCGCAGGACCCACUGCCUCGCCCUGGCCAUCGCGGACAUCGUGUGGCGGGCCGGGGGCCAUAAGAGAGCCGUGGUCACACUGGCUUCAGGAACACAGCAGUUCAGUCCAACAGGGAAAUACAAAGCAGAUGGAGUCUUAGAAACACUCACACUGCACAGUUUGACCUGCUAUGAAGAGCUGGUGACUUUUCUUCAAGAAAGCAUCCAUCAGCCUUCUGAGCUGUGGGACCAGCUCUUUGAGGCUCCGGAGAAGGCGACCGAGGAUUUGCUGUUCGAAGCAGGUCCCUACGGAUGCAUCCUGCUCACGCUGUCUGCCAUCCUGUCCAGGUCCACGGAGCUUGUCCGCCAGGAUUUCGAUGUCCCCACCAGCCACCUGAUUGGAGCACAUGGAUACUGCACCCAGGAACUUGUCAAUCUGCUCCUGACCGGGAAAGCCGUGUCCAAUGUUUUCAACGACGUGGUAGAGCUGGAUUCUGGGAAUGGGAACAUCACGCUGCUCAAAGGCAUUGCUGCGCGCAGCGAUGUAGGGUUCUUAUCUCUCUUUGAGCACUACAAUGUGUGCCAGGUGGGAUGCUUCCUGAAGACGCCGAGGUUCCCCAUCUGGGUGGUGUGCAGUGAGAGCCACUUCAGCGUUCUCUUCAGCCUGCAGCCAGAGCUCCUGCAAGACUGGAGGGCCGAGAGGCUCUUCGACCUGUACUACUACGACGGCCUGGCCAACCAGCAGGAGCAGAUCCGGCUGAGCGUUGAUACCACCCAGACCAUCCCUGAGGACAGAGACAACGAACUCAUCCCACCCCUUGAGCUCUGCAUCAGAACCAGGUGGAAGGGGGCAGCGGUGAACUGGAACGGCUCAGACCCCAUCCUGUGACCCUUCCUGUGGGUAAGCCUAUGGCUCUACCACUCAUCGCUGGGGGGUGGCAGUUGAGCCCCAGGCCUCAGGAACAAGUCUCUCAGAAGAAUGUCACCCCCAUCUGGGCCAACAGUGCUGCAGAAGCAUCCAGAACCUCCCUGCCCCUUCCAUGAAGGGCCCCCAGGACUGUGAUGAGGGCCCAGAGUGCUGCUAUAUGGCUCCCUCCCAGCUGAGCCAUGACUGCCGAGGAUUGGACCGCCUCUGUGCUUUUUGUCUGCAUCCCUCCCUUGCUCCCCGCUGGGCCACCUGUCCCCUUGUCAAGCCUGUGAUAUGGUCAGCCCGGGCACCCUGGGCUCGUUAUUUCUGAUAGUUGGCUUUCUAUAAAGCAGGAGUCAAACACAUGCCGAGGACAGAGAGACUCAUUUCUUCUGUUGUGGCAAAGGAAGCAUGAGAUCUGCAUGGUUCAUGGCUGGGAUGGGAACAGUGAUGGUGGAGGGGCCCCAGAGCCCUGGAGACCUGUGAGCUAAGACAUCACCUAAUGAGAGUCUCUGCAGGCAGGCUUUGCCCUCUGGUCCAGUAGUGUCCCUGGCGGGGCUUCUGGUCUAGCCUGUCUUCUCUGGAUCAGCCCCAGGUCUAAGGCACCAGGCUCUGUAAGGUCACCUGUGCUGACCAGGGCAACUCAGGCCCCCUGGGAGCCUGUCUCAGGGUAGACCUGGAUCCCUGUGAGGCCCCAGGAGGAUGGUCAUGUGGACCUGGCCAAGUGCAUAUGGGGGAGGAACCUUCUAGGGAGGCACCUCUUGGCCACAGAGGGCAAUAAGAUGAGAAUGAGCAGAGGGACCAGGUAUAGUUCCCGCGCCCCUGCCCCCCGGUGGCUGCAGUAAGGCACUUGUGAAGAGAACUGCCUGAAAUGUGGGUGGGCAGAGCCUGGGGACGCCCUCAUGUUCCAGAGCGAGGGAGGGGGGGUAGGUACGAACGUGAAAAACAAGCGCUCGUAAAGGGAAAUUCGUACAAUUGCAGCGUCCGUGAUUCCAUGCGGUUACAUCCUACUGGUUUUAAAAAGGAAUAUAAAGUUAAGGACAGCGCUCUGCAAUGGCUCCCAACAGCGGGAUGAGCAAGGGCACCCAGAGGCGCAGCACCGGCCUUGGGGAGCCCCCGUCACGAGCCCGUCCAUGUGAGGAGCCGGGAGCAGCAUGAGGGCAGAGUGCUCAGCAGCGCGGCCCCGUACCUGCCCCUGCUGCGCCCAGCGAGCGCUUGGGCCGGAGCUCCGAGCUCCGAGCUCCGCAGCGGGCCCCACAGAGGUGGGUGUUUGCAGGGAAGGACCCGGGUGUGAGCUCCUUCCGUGUCUGCCCUGGCCCAGGGAGAGGCCCCGGAGAGUCGUAGACACUGGCUGGCGGCUGGUCCCCAGCCUCCGUGUGCCCUCCCGGUGCUCAGGACGCAAGCAGCUCAGGGACCGUGUUCCCUCUGCAGCCCUGGCUAAAAGGACAUCCCUUCUCUUUAUGUGCCAGGCAUUUGGUGGUGACAACUCGACGGCCUGUUUUGCAUUCUCGUGGGCCGGGCACGAGUCGUGGCUGGAUUAUUGUGGGUCUUUGGGGAGAAGCAGGGAGGAGCCGGGAGGGAAGUGAGAGGGCAGGGCGUGCUUUGUCCGAGCUGUGCGGAGGCCCCACUGGGGUUUGCUGUGUAAACUCCAGUGGCCAUUCACAGCAGGCGUCCAGCAGAAAUGCUUCCUAUAUGUCUCCGAAAUGUUUAUGCAUUUGUUUUCCUUGGCCAGAGACAGGCCGCUCCAGCUGAGCACCGGGGGAGGAAGUCAGUUUCCCUGCAGCAGGCUUGUUUAUCAGCCUGGGAAGGAAAAGUGUGUCUUUUCAAUGAAACUCACUUAACCUCCAGACCAGGGUCCCGUUGGCAGGGCUGGAGAAAUCAAAAUAUUCCCAGCUUUGCUUGAAAAACGCAGUUCCAACAAAUUAUGGAAACACUUUUCUAGAAGCCAAGAUGCAGGUACAUGCACCGUUUGACACCCGGUGCCUGGGGCUUCCUGGGACGCAAGAUGAGCAAAGCCGUAGCACCACCCUCUCCCAGGUCCUGAAGCAAGAGUGGACCCACAGUACGGCCACCAGGUCUGCAAGAAUGAAAUAGAAGCCCAUGCCUCCUUGCAGGCGGCUGUUCUCCACCCGAGGCGCAGAGUUUUCUAGGGAGACUGUGGGUAGGCUUCGGCGGGUCCAGAGCCUCCCUCCCAAAUUAUAUUCACAUCUUUGUGUUCAUGUACAUAUGUGUAUUUUUCCAGGGAGAGGGUCUACUUGACUUGGACCAAUACCCUCCUGAAUUCCCCAGAAAAAGUUAAGAGUCCUAGAGUUGAGUGACUUCCCCAGGACCGACCUGGGCGUGUCUGCCCCAUCUGUGCUUAAACGUGGGCCGGGUUAGUGAACAAGCAGAUCUCAGGGAGGUGCGAAUUCUUGGUGUCUGGAGGAAAGAGCCAGUGGAGCCUGCUGCUCUUCCGGCAGUAAGAGCAGUCUCAAGGCCACUCAAGCCCAUACUCUCCCAUUAGUGGAAACUUCCCCCUGCCCCUGCUCCUAGGCAGGCGUCCAGUCACUAGGGACCUCUCCGGAGUCGGAUGAUUCCUGCUUGGUGGGCUGCUGAUGGCGGCUCCCAGUACCUGCUCCCCCCCAGCUCUGGUGCACUCCCCCUUCCCCUUUUAAGAAGACCCGAGUCUUCCUUCUGCAGGAUCCACAUUUGAGCCAUGCAAAGUACCCACACAUCUUUGCCUUCCCAGUUCUGGAGGUCACACCUUUCCCCCCUCUUAGCCUGCCUGUCUACUCAGCCACUCGUUGGGAACAGCAAUGUCUCCUGUCCUCAGGUGGGAGUCAGGGUCCGGCCCACACUGCAGGUGCACAUGGCAAGCUUUUAAACAGCUUUCUGGAAGCCUCCCUCACUUGGCUUUAGGAGAGGAGAUGUAGACCUCCAGGCCCCGUGGCUGGGGUAAGGGAUCCCAGCACACUGACGCCUCCUCUCUCCAAAGAAUUCCUCAAUAGCUACUAGCCUCUUCCACUGCGAGCCCAGUGCUUUCUUCACCUUCCAUGGCCAGGGGACGUGCAAAUGAUGGCCGAGCCACCUGCACCACUGUCUCUGUAGGCUCUUCAUGGCAGCCCACAGGUAAGAAGAGCAGCUUCCAGAAGAACUGCAAGGAUUCCCUGGGGGGUCAGAGCUGGGCCAAGGCUUGGGGGGCAUUGGGGGAAUCCCAUCCCACUGCUUGUUUCUGAGCAGAAGGGAAGUUAGGGGCGGGGGCCCAGGCUCCGGGGAGGGCCGGGGAGGGUGAAGGACCAGUCUUAGGCUCCCCCAGGCUGUUGGCUCAGCUAAGCCCUCACAAUGGCAAGAGGAGGACUUGUCUGCCCUCCUGUAGACUCCAGCCUUUCUACUCAAUGUGUGGGCCUUAGACUAGCUGCAUCAGCCACACCUGAGAACUUCUUAGAAAUGCAGACUCUCAGGCUCCACCCAUGCCCCCCUGAUUCAGAAUCUGCACUUUAACAAAACCGUCAGGUGAAUCAGGUUAAAGUGGGAGACAGUUCUGUUCUAGAGCUUGUGACUUUGUGGGGGUGACAGUGGGAGUCCCCAUAAGGAAGUACUGAAGGGACGGGCGGGAGCAGUGUCUGAAGAAGCAGCAGCAGCAGGACCAGAGGCCUGAGUCUAGUCUUGCCUCCACUGCUUUCUGCCUGUGUGACUAUGAGCACCUGACCUAAGCUUUCUGGGCCUCAGUUUCCUCCUCUGUAAAAUGACCACCACACGGGGCUGUAUUGAGGCCUAAGUGAGUCAGUGCACAGUGAGGUAUGUAGAGUAGGGCCUGGCCUGUCACCACGACUUGCUAAGUGUUUGCUCUUAAAGUUUCCGGUGGGGUGGGGGAGGCUCCUUGGCGGUGGUAGCAUCUUACCUAGGCCUGAUGGAUGGGCACAGCUUUGACAAGUGGAGAAUUGGAUGGAAGAUCAUUCCAGGUGACAUGGUGAGAUGGUGAGAAGCAAGAGACCAUGAAAGUCCGUGAAGUCUGUGAGUCUCAUGACCUGAGAGUGGGAGUCCCAGAGGAUUAGAGGAGGAGGCACAGAGUGGGAGAAGGCCUCAGGUGGCAGGCCCCGGGCUGGGAUGUGUUCCCGGGAGACAAGGUCUGCUCAGAGCUUGACUUCAGAUCUCUGCCCCUGGCCAGGGAGUGGGUGUGGGGCAGAGGCAAGGGGCACAUUGAGGGGCUGCGGCACUGCUCCCAGGAGAGGCAGUGUGAGGGGGGAGGCCAGGAGAUGAUGGAGGUGACCGAUGCUGAUGGCCUUUUGCUUUCCAGGGCCCCGUGGAUGAUCCUCACUGGCCACUGAGCCCUUCCGGGAGCCUAAACUUGAAGGAGGCAAUCAGGCUGCCACGUCUAU